UCCCCUCUCUCUCUUUCUGUCUCCCGCCAUGGCUAUGACCACCGAGAAGAACAUUAUUAUGCUCCUUCCAGAAAGAUGUCUCCACAAGGUUUGGUAAAAUUUUAGCGUGAGUGAGUUUUAUAUUUUGUUUUGAUUUCACAACUCACACCAAUGGGGAAGAACUUGCGUCACAAAGUAACUUGCUCCCCAAUCCAAAACCACCCUGGAUUCAUGUGGGGACUUUUUGACAUCCUUAAACACAACCACUGGCGCUACAUCAAGAAACGUCUUCCUCACAAAAGACCCAUCUGUAGAAGAAACCUUCCUGGAACAAAAAACGAAGUAAACAACACAAUACCAUCACCAGAUGGUAUUCCCCUAUCCAAGAGCAAGGUGGAAGAUAAAACAGACGAUGUAGAAUCUGGGCAAAGACCAAAGAAGCCUAGUUCUACAGUAAAGUCUAAAGAGUCUAACUCAGGGGAGAAAAUAAAAAAGAAGCACAAUUCAGAGGACAAGUCGAAGAAACUUAAUUCAGAAGAGAGGUCUAGGAAAACACAUUCUGAAAUCAAAAGGUCUGUGAAAGCUUUGAUUAAGGCACUUGUAAUAGAGGACAAGUCUAAGAGGAAAGGCCGUCAUCACCGUAGCUCUACCUAUCCUGUCCAGUCAAAGCCAAAAGAGAAGGAGUCAUUGAGUGAGCUUGAAUCUUCAGAUAAGACUUCGUCAUCAAACAGCGAUGAUCGUAACCGAGUCUUUAACAAGACGGUUGGCAUUUCACCUGCCAUUGGCUCGUUGAACCCGCUUUAUCUCAUGUCUGAGGAAUCAAGCAACAGCGACAAUGAGGAUUUUAGGGUAGAGAACAACAUUGCAGUUGAUGAUACUGAUGGAAGUAAAUCAGACUUUGAUGAAAAAGAUUCCAAGAAUAAGGAGAAAAGCAUCGAGGAAGAUGCUUGGUUUGACCCAAAGAUGAGACACACCAAGGACUUCUCAGAGAAUGAGGAUGAUACGUCACCUAGACGUUCAAAAGCUUGCCUUGAUGCUCUCAAUCUGAUACACAUGAAUAGAAACUUCUUGUUAAAAGUUUUGCAGGAUCCAGGUUCUCCUCUAGCCCGGCAUUUCCAGAGUCAACAAGCUUUUAGCUCCAAAACAAUGACUAAAGCCGGAUCCUUUCCUACUCAUGGUAGAAACAGAGAGGAUCAUAAUAAUGGGUUUGACUCGGUGGGAGAUUUAGAUAAAAAACCAACAUCUCCUUCCAUAGCUGCAGAAAGCAGAGCUGAUGGGAUUCAGAACUUGAAUGAAUCAAUGUCGAAACUGGUUGAUGAAGAUUCAUCUGCCUCUGGUUAUGCAAGGAAGCGAGGUAAGAACCAAGUGGUGAUCAAACGUUUCAAGGAUCUAAGGCAGAAGAUAAAACAUGUGAUUCACGAGAACAAGAACGAGAAGCACCGUAUCACUAUGGAUGCUGUUUUAGACAAAGUACCUCGAAAGUAUGGUUUUUCGAAAGAUUUGAGACACGACAUUUUCGCACAAUUGAAAGGAAACUCUGCAACUAAGAACAACAACAAAGCAGAAGGCGCGAAACUGAAGCAAAUAAGAAGAACUUCGUCUCUCUGUGGAUCGCUUGACAGAUACCUUCAGCUGUAUGAGUGUAGCUUCCAAAGAGAAGGGAAGAACAGUAAUAACAAUUCAGAGAAAUCAAAAGUAGAGUCUGAGGAAUCCGCGUUACCUUCUAAUAGAGCUCCUAAAUUCUUGGGAAGGAUACUCUCAUUACCUGAAAUGAAAUCUUAUGCUUUGAAGAUUGAUGACCUUCCAGUCCAACCAAUCGAGGAAGAACAAGAUGGCUUGGGAAACAUUUCAGAGAUGUCAGAAGAUCACUCUGAGUCUUCUGAACAUGAAACUCUUGAACAAACACUAGAUGCUGCUGAGGAUAAUCUUGAACAAACUCUUGAAAAUCCUACUUUAACGAUCGAGAUAGAACAAGAAAGAGAACUAGAAAUAUCUACGCUUGAGGACUCUGAACCCGAAACAAGAUCCUUAAAAGAAUCAUCAGAAGAAAGCCCUGAUAAUGUUUCUACAGUUGUUUUUGAUGAGUAUCCUUCUGUACUUGACAUCUCUCGAGAGAAAGAUGCAGACACAGAGAAUGUCUCAACAAGCAAACAAUUAGACGAAGUCCUCAAUAUAGAUGCACAAGAUAAAGUUAAGUUCAACUAUGUAAGAGACAUUCUCGAGAUCUCAGGUUUCAAUGCACCAGAAUCUCUCUCAAUGUGGCAAUUAGAUUACCAGCCGCUAGAUCCAUUAGCCUACGAAGAAGUGACAACAACCUCAGGAUGUAUGUUCCAAGAUCCAGAGUGUUCAAGAAACGAAGAAGAAGGCGGUAACUGCAACCACUUGCUUCUCUUCGACCUAAUCAACGAGGUGCUAAUAGAAAUAUACGAAAGGUCUUACCAUUAUUGUCCCAAACCGUUAUCGUCCCUAUGUAAGAUACAUCCAAUGCCGGUGGGCUAUAGCGUUUUGAAGGAGGUUUGGGUUAGAAUAAGUUGUUACUUGCGGUACAAGCCAGACUGCGAACAAGAAUCGUUUGAUAAAGUUAUGAGUAGGGAUUUGUCGAGAGACGAAGGUUGGAUGGAUUUGCAGUUCGAGAGUGAAUGUGUUGGGAUUGAAGUUGAAGAUUUGAUCUUCGAAGAGCUUCUAGAGGAAUUGCUUGUAUCAGGUUAAGAAGCAUUUCAAGAACUCAUUUCUUCCUUUUUUUGGGGUCUUGUUUUGCUUGGAUUUUAAGGUACAUAAACGAGAAAGAUUGGUUUUUGUUGUUGUUUGUGAUAAAAUUUGGUGUAAAAGAGAUUU